AUGGUUGGGCAUCGGCCCCUGGUCCUGCCCUGGGCACUUCUGGCCCUCUGCCUGACUGCUGGGACCCCUGAGGUGUGGGUGCAAGUUCAAAUGGAGGCCACUGAGUUCCUAUCCUUUACCAUCCGCUGUGAGUUCCUGGGAUCUGGUUCCAUCUCUCUGGUGACUGUGAGCUGUGGGGGGCCUGACCGUGCUGGUGGGACCAGGCUGGCUGUGCUGCACCCAGAGCUUGGCACCCAGCAGUGGCCCCCUGCCCGCCAGGCCCGUUGGGAAACCAGAAGCAGUGUCUCCCUCACCCUGGAAGAGUUGGAGACAAGAAGCCUCAGUGCCAACACCACCUUCUGCUGCAAAUUUGCUUCUUUCCCUGAAGGCUCCCAGGAGGCCUGUGGAGCUUUCCUGCCUAGCUCGGACCCAGGCUUCCCUGGCCCAACUCCAGUUCCCAUUCUGCGGGCAGACCUCGCUGGGAUCAUGGGGGUCUCAGGGAUCCUCCUCUUUGGCUGUAUCUACCUCUUACACCUCCUGCGCCAGCAGAGGCACUGGCCUGUUAGUAAGUUCCAGCCACCCCUCACCAGCACGCAGGCGCAGCCCCCAGUACAGGCAGCUGGCCCAACUUCCCUGUCCACUCACCACACCCUCUAUAGCUCCAUCAACACCAGCUUCUGCCCAGCAGCUCUGGACAUGGUCCACCCCCAUCGGCGACUAUCCUGGUGGACACCAUUCCCCACCCAUACCACACGCCAACCCCAGGCCACUGACCCCUGGGCCUCCACUGCACGCAGCAGCUUCAUCUCUGUUGAAAAUGGACUCUAUGCCCAGGCAGGAGAGAGGCCUCUCCACACAGGCCCCAACCUCACUCCUUUCGCUGACCCUCUGGGGCCCACAGCCAUGCAAGGGCGCUUGAGAGCUCAGUGAGAGAGACUCACUCAAUGAGAGAGAUUCACUUGAUCUUCCUUACCCCACCCCUUCUGUUGGGUGCCUGCACCCUAGAUGCUACCUUCACUCAUUUUGCUUUAUUUUAGACCUUCAGUAAGUGUCUCUGCAUAUACCCCACGGGCGCACACUUGCUGCGGAUGUGGUCAGCAUGUGUGCACGUGCGGGCACAGGUGUGUAUGAGGUGACGGAUCCCCACUCUGGGUCAUUUCCUGUUGUGACAUUUCCCCAGCCCUCCCUGGUGGUGUUAAUAACUAAGUCAACAACGUGGUUUUUCUCACUUUG